AUGAAGAGAAUUGCUGCUGAAUGGGUCCGUGGAUUUACUGCUGUCCAACUUACAGCAUAUAAUGACCCAGCAAAUCAAGCCACCAGUUUCAAAACUUUAUUUAUAGAUAAGUUUUGUACUACUCAACAAAAAACUAUAUGGCAACAACAAUUCUUCAACCUCAAACAGAGAAGUGAUUCAGUUGAUGCAUAUAUUGCAAAAUUUAAGAAUCUUAACCAAAAAUAUGCUAUGCCUGUACAAGCAGCUGGCCUAGAUAAUAUUGAUAUUAUUAUAAAUGCUGCCAGAAAUUGGGAAACAGGAAAACACAUUACUGCUUCAGAAACAGACACCAAAGAAGCAAUUGCCAGACUUACAGACCAAAUUGCUCAAUUAAGUUUUAAGCUUGUCUAG